AUCUCUUCUUCAUUACGAAGUUUCAACAAACCAACCUCUUCUCCCAAUUGCCCAAUUCUCUAGUGGGGAAGAGGAGUCUUCACUUCAAUUCUCCUCUUCCUCCUUUUCUUCUUCUGGCCUCAUUUCAAUCCGUCAAUUAUGUAUAAUUAUAACCAGAGGGUCUACCCUAUGGAUUCAGAUAAUUCAAACAUGAACAAUGGUUACAACAAUAAUCCAACAAAAUAUGUCAUGCUUUCGGAGAACGGUGGUAGCCUUCGACCACCGCCAUAUCGCCGGAAUAUCCCACGUUACAAUGCCCCUAAGAGAAAGGGUAACUCAUGUUGCAAAUGUCUAUGCUGCUGUUGCUGCUUCCUCUUCAUACUCAUCCUCUUUGUGAUAAGCAUUGCCAUACUUUUCUAUCAUUACUACAAACCCAAGGUCCCUUCCUACAAGGUCCAAGGCCUGGACGUCAGUGCCUUCAAUGUAGCACCAGACUUCAGCCUCUAUACCGAGUUCAUCGUCAAUGUCAAGGCCGAAAACAACAAUGAAAACAUCGGCAUUACUUACGGUAAGGACAGCGCGGUGACCGUGGUUUACUCAGACUCAACACUUUGUUCUGGUAAGCUCCCAGCAUUCUAUCAAGGCCAUAAGAAUACAACCCUGAUGAAGGUGGCGUUGAAAGGGAAAUCUGAGUUUGGAACUGGGCUUCAGGAAGCUUUCAUGGAGAACAGGCAUACUGGGAAGAUACCUUUGGUCAUUAUGGUCAGAGCCCCUGUGAGUGUAAAGGUAGGGGAAUUUCCAAUGAAGCAGAUUGUUGUUCAUGUUAAUUGCUCCUUGGUGGUUGAUAACUUGGCUCCAAACAAGAAAAUUGGGAUCUUAUCAAGUACUUAUAAUAUAUCAGUUUCAAUGAGUUAGGCCUGAUUAUAAUGUUACUAGUCUUUUACUUCUUCCCUCUUCUUUUGGGGUUUUCAAGCUUCUGUGGUCUGCAAAUUCAAAUUCAUGGUUGGGGGAAGGGGUUGAAGGGGGUAGGAGGAAAGGUGAAGGGAAGAGCUUCAUUUUUUUUUUUCUUUUUUUUUUUAGAAGGGAAGAGCAUCAAUUGUAAUAUACAAAAAUGGGUUUAUAAAGGGUUUGGACUUUGCAGGCCCUAUCAGCCAAAA